AUGGCUGCUCGCCGGUCAAUUUCUCGUUCCAUCCCCGCUCUCCGCGCAGUUCCCCGCACGCCGGUGUCGGUAACCGCCAGAACUGCAUCUUCAGCUCGUUCCAUCACAACUGCUUCUCCCCUUGCCAGCUUAGUCUCCCGCAGAGCACCUGUGUCUGCUUCUUCUCUUUCUGCCACUCGUCGCUUGCACGCAACGGCUCGUCGGUUGGUCAUUGCAACAACCUCGGCCGACUCCACUGCAACCGAAUACCCAACAACCCACCAAAAGAUCGCCAACCCCAUCGAUACUGCUAACUUCAUUGACAAUGAGUUCGUAUCAUCUAAGGCAACCAAGUGGAUUGAUCUCAACGAUCCGGCCACAAACAAUCUGGUCACACGUGUGCCCCAGAGCACAGACGAGGAGAUGAAGGCCGCCGUGCAGUCGGCCGAGAAGGCCUUCCCCGCUUGGAGAGCCACCAGUAUCAUGGCCAGACAGCAGAUUAUCUUCAAGUUCACUAAUCUCAUCCGUGCCAAUUGGGACCGAUUGGCUGCGUCAAUCACCCUCGAGCAGGGCAAGACUUUCGCCGAUGCCAAGGGUGAUGUUCUCCGCGGCCUGCAGGUCGCCGAGACCGCCUGCGGUAUUACCACCCAAAUGACAGGCGAGGUUUUGGAGGUGGCCAAGGACAUGGAGACCAGAAGCUACCGUGAGCCGCUCGGUGUCGUGGCUGCUAUCUGCCCCUUUAAUUUCCCUGCCAUGAUCCCCCUUUGGUGUAUCCCAGUUGCUACUGUGACUGGUAACUGCUUGGUUAUGAAGCCUUCCGAGCGGGAUCCCGGUGCUGCCAUGAUCCUGGCGGAGCUUGCCAGGGAAGCCGGUUUCCCCCCUGGUGUCAUUAACAUUAUCCACGGUACUGCUCCCACCGUGGACUUUAUCCUCGAUGAGCCUGCUAUCAAGGCCAUCAGCUUCGUCGGUAGCAACCGUGCUGGCGAGUAUAUCUAUACUCGCGGCUCUGCCAACGGCAAGCGCGUGCAGGCCAACCUCGGUGCCAAGAACCACGCUGCUGUCCUGCCUGACGCCAACAAGAACCAAUCUUUGAACGCAAUUGUCGGUGCCGCGUUUGGCGCUGCUGGUCAGCGCUGCAUGGCACUGAGCACUUGUGUUAUGGUUGGCGAGACCAAGGAGUGGCUGUCCGAGAUUGCCGAGCGGGCCAAGGCCCUGGUUGUGAACGGCGGCUUUGAAGAGGGCGCUGAUCUCGGCCCCGUCAUCAGCCCCGAGAGCAAGAAGCGUAUCGAGGACCUGAUUACCAGCGCCGAGGAAGAGGGUGCUACAAUCCUCUUGGAUGGCCGUGGCUUCAAGCCCGAGAACUACCCCAACGGUAACUUCGUUGGCCCCACUAUCAUCACCAAUGUCACCACCGACAUGAAGUGCUACAAGGAGGAGAUCUUCGGUCCCGUCCUCGUGUGCCUCAAUGCCGAGACCCUGGAUGAUGCCAUCGACAUCAUCAACGCCAACGAGUACGGCAACGGCGCCGCCAUCUUCACCCGCUCUGGGUCGACUGCCUCUAAGUUCCAGAAGGAGUGCGAGGCCGGUCAGCUCGGUAUCAACGUUCCCAUCCCUGUCCCUCUCCCCAUGUUCUCUUUCACCGGCAACAAGAAGUCUAUUGCUGGUGGCGGUGCCAACACUUUCUACGGCAAGCCUGGCCUGCAGUUCUACACCCAGCAGAAGACUGUCACCAGCUUCUGGAAGAGUGAGGAUGCGGUCAGCACUAAGGCCAACGUGGUUAUGCCCACUCACUCUUAA